AUGUCUGGCAAGAAUUUUGGUGCCGUUACGUGCGAGUCGUGUAAAGCAUUCUUUAGGAGAAACGCUGGCAAAUCUGAUCGCAUAGUAUGUCAUUUCAACGACAAUUGUACAGUAGAUUUGCCGACGCGAAGGUGUUGUCCCAAUUGUCGGCUUAGAAAGUGUUUAGCAGUUGGUAUGAAAGAGAAUUGGAUUCUUACAGAAAGUCAACGAUUGGAGAGAAGGCUUAGAAUUGAGUUAAGAAAACAGUUGGCAGAAGAGAACGAGAAAUUCAGUGACAAUUAUAUCGACGCCACGGAUGACACAACUCAACAGAUAUCGGAUUCAGACAACACAUCCACUAAUGAUAAUGAUGUGAACAACUAUACCAGUAAUUGGGUAUCAGAAUUACAGCCAAUCAUCAAUGAUAACGGAUUUUAUGAUAAACAGAAUGAGCCAUAUAUUCCAAUAGAAACACAAGAAUAUACAGAAUAUUACGAAAACACCGUAAGACAGGAACCAGAGCUACGGGUGGCUAUCGACCGGCCCAUCACUGACUAUAACAACAACUUCAAUGAGACUGAGUUCAGUCAUCUCAACGAAAUGAUGUUUGCAGUCAAUCACAUGCAACCAAAGAGUGCGCCGGCGGUCGCGUGGGAACCGAUUGAACACAAAGACAUUAGUUACUAUGUGGUCGCCAAACAAGAGUCGGACAUACCAUUGAUGGUGAAAAUGUGCCGCAGUUUGCGCUCGUUUAAUCUGCUGUGCGAGAGUGACCAGUUGUCACUUAUUAAGUACGGUGUUUUGGAAGUGCUCACUUUACGCAAUGCACGGUUUUAUGACACCACAACCGAUAGUUGGAUUUUGGUCAUGGACCUCAAAUUCAGACAUAUGGUUAAAUAUCAAAGGCAUGUUUACAUGUAUUUACUUAAGAGAUAUUUACAACUUAAAUAUCGGUCGGAAUCGGAGGCAAACACAAGACUAUUAAGUCUAAUGAACAAUUUUGAGGACAUUCAAGCGUUGGUUAAAAUAGGCAUUAAAACCAUAUGUCUGAUUUGCGGCGAUAAAGCUGUCGGCAAGAAUUUUGGUGCCGUUUCGUGUAAUUCAUGUAAGGGAUUCUUUAGGCGAAAUGCGGCCAAAUCUGAUGGUAUAAAAUGUGAUUUUAAUAAUAAUUGUACAAUUGAUUUAAUGACACGAAAAUAUUGCCGCAACUGUCGGCUCAGGAAGUGUUUGGCGGUCGGUAUGAAAGAGAAUUGGAUUCUCACAGAAAGUCAAUUAUUGGAGAGAAAGCGAAAACUGGAAUUAAGAAAACAGUUGUGGAAACAAAAUAAACAUUUUAUUUAUAACAAUAUCGACACUACGGAUGACACAACUCAAGAGAUAUUGCAUUUAGACAUGAAAUCCAUUACAGAUACUGAUGUCAACGCCUAUCCCAAUAAUUCCGUACAAGAAUUAGAGUCAAUCAUCAAUUAUAAUGAUGUUUGCGGUGAACAGAAUCUGACAGAUAUUGCAAUACAAACACAAGAAUAUAGAGAAUAUUAUGAUAACACAAUAAGACAGGAACCACAGCUCCCGGUGCCCAUCGACCGGCCCAUCACUGACUACAACAACAACUUCAAUGAGACUGAGUUCAGUCAUCUCAACGAAAUGAUGUUUGCAGUGAAUCACAUGCAACCAAACGGCGCGCCGGCCGUCACGUGGGAACCGAUCGGUAUGAAAGAGAUACUCAAGUGUUUUGUUACCAAAUACGAGUCGGACAUACCGUUGCUCGUGAAGAUGUGCCGCAGUUUGCGCUCGUUUAAUGGCCUGUGCGAGAGUGACCAGUUGUCACUUAUUAAGUACGGAGCUAUGGAACUGCUUAUAUUGCGCAAUGUCAAGCUAUAUGACAGAAACAGCGCUAGUUGGAUUUUAGUCACGUUAUUAUUAAUAUUACUCUUCGAUCCAAACCGUCCGGACAUUAAACUGAAACACAUUGUAAAAUAUCAAAGGCAUAUAUUUACAACUCAAAUAUCAAUCGGAAUCGGAGGCAAAUACACGACUACUAAGUCUAAUGAAGAUCUUUAA